AUGUCCCUUGAGGGCAGCAGCGGCAAAAGCAACGAUAGCAACAGAUUCAUUCCUCCUCUUGCGAUGUUUCCAGAGGGCCAGAAGAGCAAUGGCAGCUGUUUGUUGCAGUGGGACGCCAAGGGUCUGGAUGCUGCAGCCAUCAGCAGGCUCAAGGGGAGGGUGGCGCUUCUGGGGUGUACUUACACUCAAGAUACAAGCAACAAGCAAGCAUCAGCUACAGCCCCAAAUAGUUGGAGAGGGCCCGCCUACACUACUCCACACACAGUCAACAGCCCUCUGCGGCAUAUGCUGCUUCUGCUGCUGGAGCCCAGCCAGCACCUGCGAUGCAUAUGGGUGUCUCCUGAGGAUGUAUUGACGUCUGUUCAGCAACAACAGACCCAACAGCAGCAGGUGCUGUUCCAGCAGCCAUCUCCACAGCAGCAACAGCAGCAGCAGCAAGCGUACUUGGGUUAUCUCCGCAAUAUUAUGCUGCGUGCUGUCCCGGGCCUAGUGUCUGUCAACAGGAGCGGCAGAGACCUGAAAUCCUUCACUGAUUACUGGCGCCGCCAGCAGCAGCAGUGGAAAGGCGGUGCGAAGAAAAUGUAG